UGCUCUUCUUCUUCUCGUUGCAGCCACCCGAAGAAAAAAAAAAGGGAAACCCAGCCAUGCCUUGGAAAAUUGGUGAGAAAGCUUGGAAUUUCUCCUUCUUUCUUGUCCAAGAACCUGAUUUGGAACCCAGAAAUCUUUCCCCUUGCUGGAAAAUCCGGAUCUGCCCUGCUUUGCUCUGUCCUUCCGCCGGCUGCUCCUGCUUUGUGGGGGUGAUUUGCUCCGGUUUUGGGUAAGAAACAGCUACCAAUCCCUCUGUUCUUGCUUGAAUUAACUUGGGUCUACCUUAAUUGCUCUUGGGUUCCUUUAAUUUUGGGUAGAUCCGUGAAUUUCUCCCCUGCACUUGCCGCCGGCCUCUUCCCCAAUCUGCUAGCUCCGGUUCCUUGCUUGUAAAUUCUGGUUCUUGAUCGUUCUGUCAGUUAGCAUUGAGAUUAAGUGCUCGGUUUAAUACAAGUGAGGUAAGUAAAUUUAUGGUAAUGCCUGUACUGUUUUUAAAAGCAUGUUUUGAUUUGUUUUUGAAGUGGUGGCGGGACUAAACCCGUUUUACACGAGCAUGACUGAUUUGAAGUGAAAGGUCUUAUGCUUUUCAUUAAAUUGAGCAUGCCUAC